AUGUCGUCUAAACCUGAAGUCAACUUUAUUGAGCAAAGGGAGGCGCAGAGGGGGAAUGUGGCUAGACUCGAAGUUCCUGGGGAUCAUGCAGCGGCCGCACAGGCUGAAGACCCGGGCAUCUUCGAAGAAAUUGUCAAAGAAUAUCAAAUCAAAGAACCAUAUGGGGUAUCGCAAGAAACUCUUGGCUGGCUUUACCAUAUGCGUUUCAACACGACUUCUGACAUUUCGGCACUAGAAAGAUCCCUUGUUCACUUCCAGGCUGCUGUCGACGAUGCUGACGACAAACCUGUUUGCCUUCCACGCCGACAACAAGCUUUGGCAUUCACCUAUAGCCUUUUAUAUAAGGGGACUAGAGUCUUGGACUACAUUGACUUGUCCAUCCACUGGUUUCACCUUGCUGUUAAUGACUGCCAUUUAGACAGCCCUCUACUUUCUCUCUGGGUGAAGAGACUUGCUGCUGCAUAUCUUCAACGUUACCUAGAUCAAAAAAGUCUCGGAGACCUUGAACAGGCUCAUAAAUAUGACAAGGCUGCACUCGCAUUAAUUUCUUCUGAUCAUCCAGCUUUUCUCAAAUUUUCUCAAGGUGUGGGUCAGUCCUACUGUGAACGUUUUCAGAGACUUGGAAAUGUUGAGGAUCUUGACAAAGGCAUUGAUGUCCUACAUGGAGCAGUCAAAAGAUCACCAGAAGGCCACCAUGAUCUACCUGAGGCUUGGAGGUGCUUGAGUAUGCUCUAUGUUGACAGGUUCAAAUCUAAGGGGAAUAAGCAAGAUAUUGAAACUACUAUUUCACUCAGAAAAUUAGCAGUUCAAAGAACUUCUCUAGGAACUUCAGAGCAUAUCUUCUAUACACAACUUCUGGGAAGGGCCUAUGGGGAACAAUAUAAAUUCACGACUUCUUUUGAGGAUCUUGAGCUUUCAAUUCAGUAUUUUCAGCAGGCUAUUCAAGAGGCUCCUCCUGAGGAUCCCAUUUAUGCUGAACUUCUUGAGGAUCUGGGAGUUGCCCUUAUAUACAAGCAUAAAACUACAGGAGGGGAUGAAAACAUCAAACUUGCACUUCAGUACAUAGAAUUUUCAGUCAACUCUUUGCCACCUAGCAAAGAAAAAAGGAUAUAUUCACAAAGAAAUCUAGCAACAGCAUAUCUAAAAAAAUAUACCUCAAUGGGAAACAUGGAAGAUCUGAAAAAGGGUCAGAUUCUGUUAGAGAAUGCACUUGAAGCCCUCAGUCCUACUGAUCCUUUGAGAUAUGAUUUUUAUGAUAGCCUGGGUAGUAUUUACUCUUUCCUUUAUCAUAAAACUGGGGAUCUUCACUAUCUGUCCUUGGAAGUGGACCAGUAUAAACUGGCACUGGGAUCUAUGUCACCAACAAGUUAUAAUGCUUCUGUUUGCCAGCGUAAUAUUGCCGCUGGUUUCACAUUCAGAUACAAAAGAUUAGGUGACCACAAGGAUCUUGAUCUUGCUAUCCAAUAUUCUCAGCAGUCCCUGGAGCACAUGAGUCAGGACCAUCAAGAUUUUCCCUUGGGAAAAGGAGUUCUUUCUGAUCUUUAUCAUGAGAAGUUCAGACACUACAAUAAGAUAGCUGAUCUUGACCUUGCUAUGAAACUUCAAUGGGAUGCUUUGCAUGCUGUUUUAAAGAACAAUUCCCUGCAGCCAUCCAUUCUGAAUGAUCUUGCCCUACUUCAUGUAGCCCAAUUCAAUGCCACAAAGAAUCAGGCUCAUCUUGAAGCUGCAAUACCUUUAAUAGAAGUGUGUAUUAAUCUCACAAAUACAAGCACCUAUUAUAAGACUCUGGCUAUAAUUCUGGGACACAUCUACAGAGUUAUAGGGAAUGUUCACAAUCUUGUUGCUUCUAUAAAAAUAUGUGAGAUUGCUAUUCAAAGAGGAGAUGAAGAUCCCAUGCUGUACCUCUUCUUGGCAAACUCCUUCUCACAAUUAUACAUUCACUCAUUUUCAACCUUGAAUGAGCUUUCAAUGGUUGAAAAUGUCUACUAUGCCUUGCAUUACUAUAAAGCUUCAGUAUUCUCAACAUCUAUUAUACCCUCAAAACAAUUUGAUGCAACUAUAGCCUGGGCAUCAUUUGCCAUGAGUCUCAAUUUGCCUGAGGCCCUCACUGCUUAUUCACUAGCAUUGGGUACAUUGCCCAACAUUUUGUGGAUAGGAAACUCUCUAGGGGAUCGCCACAAUUCUUUGAUUAAAUUGGAUAUUCCAGAUUUGGUUUCAUCUGCUGUGGCAGCUGCUGUGAAAUUCAAUGACAUCAAAUGUGCAGUUGAAUUUUUAGAGCAGGGGUUAGCCAUAACUUAUCGACAGAUGCUUGAGCUCAGAGAUGAACCAACACAAUUGCUAGAGAAAUAUCCUAAGAUUGGUUGGGAGCUGAAACAGAUCUCCCUGAAGCUUCAAGAAAUCAAUAAUCCUUCUGGAGAAAACAAGGAAGACUAUCAUUCACUUGUGAUCAGACAAAAAGAUGUCAUUGAUGAUAUUAGGAUCUUGCCAGGUUUUGAAGAUUUUCUCUUGCCAAAAUCAUUUGAGAAAUUAUCUGAGGCAGCCAAAUGUGGGCCAGUCAUCCUAUUGAAUGCCUCUUCUGGAGGUAGUCAGGCUAUCAUUUUACUACCUUCUACACAUGAGUCCACAUCAAAUCCUCUGUCAGUUCCCUUGCCCAAUGCUACUAUUGCCAAUCUGAAAGACCACUGUGAAACAUUGAAAAAAGCUUUGAGAAUGCACAAUAUUUUGUCAAGACAGACAGAAAGAUAUGGAAGAUCAAGCCACCCAAGAUCAGCAGAAUUCUCACACAAGAUGUUUGAAGAUUUGUUGAGCUGGUUGUGGGAGGCCAUUGUCAAACCUGUUUAUGAUGUGCUGGAAAUAAAUAACAUUCACUUUGGAAGGAUAUGGUGGUGCCCAUCUGGUCUAUUCACAUUUCUUCCCAUUCAUGCUGCCCCACCAAAGAGCAUGUUCAUUCAAUCUUAUAUCACCACCUUGGAUUCCUUGAUCAAAGCAAGGGUUCCAAAGACUUCUAUCACAUCAUCAAUUGAAUUGGGAUUGACUGCCAUUGGGAUAAUGGAUAUCCCUGGAAAGCCUCACCUGCAUCUUCCAUCUGUAAACAAAGAGCUCCAUUCCAUCAAGAAAGUUAUUCCAUCAGUCAAUAUUCUUAGUGGUUCUGAAGCUACUAUUCCCCGUGUCUUGGAAAUGAUUGAGAGCUGUGAAUGGUUGCAUAUUGCAUGUCAUGGAGAGCAGAAUGGUGACAUGCCACUAAAUAGCUGCCUUCAGCUCUAUGAUGGCAAUCUAACUCUCAGUCAAAUUCUUGCCAAAGACCUUCCAAAAUCCCAGUUUGCCUUUCUUUCUGCUUGUCAAACAGCUAUGGGAAGUUCCAAUCUACCAAAUGAGUCUCUCCAUUUGGCAGGAGGGUUUAUUGUAGCUGGAUGUCAAGCUGCAAUUGGGACCCUGUGGAGUAUGAAAGACUCAGAUGGCCCAAAGGUUGCAGAACUUGUUUACCAAUGGCUUUUGGAUCAUAGGAAGAGACUUGAUGUGCAUGCAACUGCAGAGGCAUUGCAUUUUGCUGUUCAGAGCCUGAAGGAUGCUGGAGCACCAUUUGAACAGUGGAUGCCAUUCAUCCAUAUGGGAAGUUGA